AUGCCGGGCUCAUCCCCGGCUGCCGUCUUUUGCCGGACUGCCCUCUUGUUUUGUCUCCUCUCAUGCAUCUUUCAAUAUGUAUCCGCUCAGAGUUCCACCCAGUCCAACAACUCCGCAUCUUCGACAGCCUCUCUGAUUACGAUUAUCGCUACUACCUCGUACACCAGCAUCGUUGAAUCAAAUUCGGGGAACACUCAAGUUCCAGUUGCUACCACAGUUAUUCAAUCAGUGUACAACGCUACGAGCACUCUGUCAUCUCCCACCUCUACCACCGCGUCUACGACCCCGACUCCUAUUGUUCUUGAUACUCGAAUCACCCCGGCAUUUGGUGUACUAGGAGCCAUCCUUAUUCUUACUGGCCUUCCCAGCGCUUUCUGGGGUCACAAAAAUAGAUGGACUUCAUUCUUUCUCAUCGGUUUCUACACCUUAGCACUCGUCUGUUUCGUCCUCAUCAUCAAAUUUGGUAUCCUUCCGGCACUCAACCCGCCCAACAACACCCUUCAGGGCAUGUUCGUGCUCGCAUCGGCGAUUGCUGGCAUUGUUGGAGGAGGCAUCACCAUUUUCUUUUGGAGGGGAACCAAGUAUUUUAUAGGAGCUUGGGGUGGGUUUGCAGUGGGAUUGUGGAUUCAGUGCUUCAGGAAUGGUGGCUUGAUCACCUCUGUUGGCCUUCGGUGGAUCCUUUAUAUUGGGUGUGGGGUCGUGGGGUUUGUCUUGUGCUCAUUCCCUAGACUGCAUUGGCAGAUGCUACUUGUCUCGACUGCGGCCGUUGGUUCCUCAGCAUUCAUCCUCGGUAUUGAUUGUUACACAACAGCAGGCUUGAAAGAGUUCUACAUAUGGAACCUCGGAUUUGUCGAUAUGUUCCCCAAGUAUUCUCAAAAUGGCAUCCGCUUCCCCGUCUCGCAGACUAUGAUGAUCGAAUUGGGUCUCAUUGGUGCAAUUGCCCUCAUGGGAGGAGCCGUUCAGCUGCGUAUCCUUCGUGUCCUUCAACGCAAACUGAAAGAGAUAACGGAGGAGCAAAAGCGCCGCGACGAAGAGGCUGAGUUGGGUGCUUCAGAUCGGUUGGCUGAGCUGGACAAAGAGCGGGAAGAAUGGGAACGCGAUCAUCCAACCCUUGACAGGCAUGGUCGUCGCGAAAGCGGCUGGUCAGGCACGCCAUUAAUGAAGGACUUCCCCACCACAGAUUCCAAUGACGGAACGCUUAUUGGCGAUCGCCGUCCGCGUUAUCAGUCCGGUGUCUCUGACUUGAUGGCAGCUCCCCCCGACGACGAUGAACUGAACAAACGGGCUGCUUCCAAGUAUCCAAAAUCUCAAGGUGUUCUGCCGGCGUUGGAUCUUGGGCUGGGGAUCAAGGACGAUGUCCCUUCGAGUUUCAUUGCACCAGAUGACGGAAAAGACAAAGACGGACCAGAGUUAUCUGCGGAAGACAGAGCAAAAGCAGACGGACUAAGAGCAGAAAUUGAUACACUCAGGCGUUCAAUCGAUUUCCUUCGGUCGGAGACUCCUGGUGUGGAAUCUUCCAGUGAUUCACGGUCGCGCGCCAUAUCUCUUACUUCUCGCCGGACCCUGAGCUAUGAUCUCGACAACGUCACCGCGCCACGACCCCAUGCUCGGCCGCCCAGACAGCAGGCACCCCGCAGUCGGAUACAAUCUAUGGAGCUUGGUGCCCAAGUUGAUGCACCACCGCUUGGUGCAUCCAUCGGUCGACCAACAAGUGUACCUCUGAAAGACGAAGAUUGGGACUCCUACACUCAUGAUCGCAAGCUCCUCCAGCCUCCUGCCGGCACUAGUGUCCCCAUAUCUACGACGCCUAUGAACCGCAUUCCUUCAUCGCGUAUACCGAUGUCUGCAGCAGUCGCAGACGCCGUUGCUCAACGCAAGCGCCGGGAGAGUACCUUCGAAAUGAAAGACAUUGGUGGUAGCGACUCAAAUCCGAAGGAUACAUCCGAUGAUGACGUGCCUAUCGGCGGUCUCCGUCUUUCUGGGGCCCACGGAAGUGGUCGAAGGAGGAAUAGCAAGCAUCUGAGCAAUAUUCCUCAAGCCCUCCAACCAUCAGCGUCUCCUACGGGUCAGAUUUCGCUUGACAAUCCGGCCACUAAUGUUCCUGUGAUCCUUCCACGCCCCAAGUAUGCAAAGCGCACUCCGUCCCCUGACCCUCCCACCAAUGUUCCAUACAUUAUGCCGCGGGGUGAUUCGGGAAUCAUGGCUCCAGUCCCCAGGAAAGCAGAACCUCAGCGAGUUGCCACUGUGGAGGAGAUGGAAGCUCGUCAUCGUGAGAAGAUGAGAGACAUGCAGGCGCCAGUCACGCAGCUUGAGCAGGACCAUGCGAAAUUGGAAGAUGCCAAGAGUCGGUGGGAGCGAUCCCGGGCUAUCGAGAAGCAGCAAGUCAACAAGCGACACGCAGAGAAAGCUGCUCAGCUUGCUAAGGACGACAAGACCAGACGCCAAUCUGGCGACGUAUUGAAUCGAGGGUCGACCUUGGUUGACCUGGAGAAAGGUCAUCGUACUUCGCUUAGUGCCGAUAAGCUUGCUGCUAUUGCAGCUAACGGUUCCUCUUCUAAGCGACAAUCCGUAUUGCGGGUAGAGGAUUGGCAACGGCGGCAGCAAGACACGGGGACAGGAGCGCAGGCCGAACGUUCCACAAGGCCCGGGACGCGAAGCCCCGGUAAUUGA